AAAUCGCACGCCUCCGCACCCAAAUCCGGUUCCCAAUUCCCCCGAUCGCCUCCUCCCCCUCCGGCCACCCUCCACCACCCGCCGCUGGGGCCGUAAACCCUAGCCACCCCCAUCCCCACGCGCGCGCGCGCGCCGGGAACGGCCCAAAACCCUAGCCCCCCGCCCGCCCGCUCGCCCAGAUCCGAUCCCUGCCCCCGCGCGCCCUACCAUGGAGCCCGCGGCGGCGCGCAAGGAGUGGCGCGCCGUCCCCGACGCCCCGCUCCGCUCCAAUGGCGCCGAGGAUCCCGGGGAGCAGCAUGGGAAGAUGGGCCAAUCCGAGGACAGAGCCAUGUACGAGGACGGGGGUGGAGGGAUGGAUGACUACUGCUCCAUCACGAUCGACGGAAGCGGGGGGCUCAGCGAGGACAUCAUCCAGCAGCGCCUGCAGAGCAUCGUGCAUCAGCGGGAGGAGCUGCAGCGGGUCGAGAUGGAGCUGCGAGCCCAGGUCAUAGCUCACCCGCAGAUCAUCGAGGCGCAGCGCAGCUUCGAGGCCGCUGCCAAGGAGCAUGUAGCAGCAGCUGCAAAGCUAAAGGAACAACUACAUGAACGGGAAAAGUACAUCCUUGAGCUCGAAAUGAAAUUGGAUAAUAAGGACAGGGAACUGGAUGCUUUGAAGAUUGAUCAUCAAACGGUGUGGGCAAAUCAAGAUCUUCUUAGAGAACAGACAAAGGAGCUUGCAAGUGUUAGAAGGGAACGUGACAAUUCUGAAGCUGAAAGAGCUCAACAUCUUAAACAAAUCCAUGAUCUCCAAGAACAUCUACGAGAAAAAGAAAGCCAAAUUCUUGCAUUAGAGGAACAGCAUAGGGCUGCUCAAGAUAACAUUAUUUACAAAGAUGAACAAUUGAGGGAAGCUCAUGCUUGGGUGGCACGAGUUCAAGAAAUGGAUGUUUUACAGUCCCAGACAAUGCAAUCCGAGUUACGUGAGCGAACUGAGCAAUUCAAUCAAUAUUUGAUUAGUUUCCAGCAACAGUAUGUUGAGAUGCAGAGUCGUUUGCUGCAUACUAUACAACAACUUCAGCUAGAAGUAACUGAAUUAAGAGAACGAACUGGAGUACCAAAAGAUGGUUCACAAACUGCUCAGGAGAGUUCAGCUGAGUCACCAUUUGUUCAGAACAAAGGGAACAACAUGGCUGCAAAUGGUAAUGGAACAACAGACAGCAGUCAGUCACUGAAAAGUAAUGGAGUUCCAGAUGGUUCCAUAAAGGGAAACAGUAAUGCCUCUGCUGUACCUGUUGUUCCCUCUUCACUGUUGGGUAUAGGUGGUUUUGUUCCUUCUGCACAGAUUGCUGGGAUGCAUUCUUAUAUGAUGCAUCCUCAAGGUGUACCUCCAUCUUUAGCAUCGCCUAACUCUACUGUUCCUCAGUUUGGUAGUUUCCAGUCACAGUCAACAAUUCAACCAAACCUGCAGUGGCCCAAUCAACAGGAAGCUCAAAAUACCUCACAGAUCCCAGAUGAGACAAACUAUCAGACAUCCCCAUCAGAUCAAAAUGCAUUGCAACAAGCUGCUACGAAUAAUGAUGACCUUUCUUUGAAGCAGAGUCAGGCAACCCAUGCAGAACAUCCUACAACCCACGGGAAACAACAACAACAACAUUUCACGAGUGUGGUUUCUGAAUCAACUCAUGAACAAAAGUUACAGGUCGCAGAAUCCAAUGUAACCAGACAUUUAGUUUACAGUGAGCAGCAAAAUGCCCAGGAUUCAUCUUCAAUGGUCAGCCCUGUUCGGAAGUUUGAACAUCAAGAGCAAACAAAUGAAUUGAAGGAUGAGAAAGUUGCACCUGGUAAACAGCCUGAGGAGCAGGUAGCUAGGCAUCAGCAUAAAGCUUCAGAGUUUGAUGCAUCAACUACUAGCCAAACCCACUUGAAAAGUGGUGCCGCGGAGUUCAAUUCUAAUGUUGUGAAUCAGACCGACACACUGUUACCUCGCGUACCAAAGGAGCCUUCCCUUCUAGAUGAGAGAUCCCUUUUAGCUUGCAUUGUGCGUGCAGUCCCUGCUGGAUCUGAUGGUCGGAUCAAGAUUAGUACAACUCUGCCAAAUAGGCUUGGCAAAAUGUUGGCUCCUCUUCAUUGGCAUGACUACAAGAAGCAUUAUGGGAAGCUAGAUGAUUUUGUGGCUAGCCAUCCGGAGCUCUUUGUAAUUGAAGGGGAUUUCAUUAACCUUCGUGAAGGAGCACAACAGAUCAUUUCAGCUACUACAGCUGCUGCCAAAAUUGCUGCUGUUGCAUCAUCUGCUCCUUACUCAUCGUUAUUGCCUUCAGUUGCUGUUACUCCUGUGGCACAAAACACUAGGCAAAAGAGGGGACCCGUUGUUGAUUCCAGAUCUUCAAACAUAAUGCCAUCUAGAAAUGGUUCUACUGCAACCAACUUCGGGGAUCAGUUUGACAAGGGUUCAAAUAUCCCAAAAGUCAACGAGAUUGUUGGUUAUAACAUUGCUCAGGGGAUUGCCGAUGUUACAAUUUCAAACAAAGUAAAAGACAUCCAGGAGAAUGGCUUUUCAGACGAAGUUCGACCUGCGCAGUCAUCUAUGCAUGCAGUUUCUGCAAAUGGAGUCAGACAUGAACGAUCUGGCCUCCCUGCAGGUAUUAUCAGACAUGGUUAUGGAGGAAAGCAACAGGGAAGGUCUACGGGACCUGCAUACAUUUCCAGAAGAUGAGGAAGUGGCUUGUCAUUGGUCCAGUUGGUCUAAAGGGUAGUGAACUGGAGAUCAUGUGAAGCUAUGUUUUGGGUCAAAAAGGGUUCGUGGUGAAGAUGACCGGAAUUAAUUGUUCUGAAUUUAAUUUCGCACCAAUUGCUUUUCACAGUGCCUGUAUUGGGCCUUGUUUUGGCAAAGUUGUACUGAAAUACUAGUUCCCGAUCAGAAAAUACUGAGGAAGUUUUGCAACCAUUGUAACUUGUCUGUGCCUGUGUAGCCAUGUGCGCACCUGAAUGAUAGCAGCCGUGUCAUUCGAUGGCAUUCUUCAAAUUUAGAUUAAACUCUUGAAUUUUAGCCAGCAUCUAUACAACACCAGCGUUUUCAAGUA